AUGGACUAUCACAACCAUGAACAGCAACAUGAUACGCCCUUGAUAUUCAAUAUUACCACGGUCGACUACAAUCGUAAAGAUCCCGUCUUUUGGAUUGAGGCCAUUACCACCUUAAUCAAGUACAAGCACAAGACACGACGCAUUCCUCGAUAUUACAGUGAAUUGGAACGUCUGCAUGACCAUUUAUUGGCAACGUUGGAUGAUGCUUAUAUACCAGUCUUGCCUCCGUGCCCUCAGCCGAGGUACGAUCGCCAGGGUCGGUUGCUGAGUCGUUACUGGUGGUACCAACAGCAGCAGCAGCAGCAACACCAUGGCGACGAGUUGCCGACACCCGAUAUCAAGAUACAACAUUGGCUCGACCGCAUAGCUGAUCAUGAACGAGUCCAACAAAGUGAAGGGCUACGUGAAUUUGUAGAGAGUGAAGUUGGGUUUCGACCUCAACGAAGGAAAAAGGUGAAACGACAUAAAAGAAGAACAUCCAUCAAUCACGAUGAUCUUGAACCAGAGUUUUGGCACUUGAACGACCACAUCAACACAUUUCGGACGUGUUUGGUGCAACUUGAAACGGCAUGGCCAUCCCGAGGCAACACGAGCGUAUGGAGCGACUUGGCAUCUGCAUGGGUAGCCUAUGGUGGAAUAGAACGGGAUCCUGAAUUAUUCAUAUUAUACAAGAACAUUGCAAAAGGCUGUCAGCAAGUACAUCAUCUUGAAUUGUUGCAGGAUAUGGCUGCAACGGAUACCCUGCGGGAUGAGAUUACUUAUCAAAUCAGCAAUGCUGAAAAUGCACAAAACAUCAUGGAACGGCGUCUUGCUGUACUCUCGGAUUACUUCAUCAGUCGAAAGCGUACAGAGUCAAGUUUACGCAACGUGGAACGACUCAAAUCCUCCUCAAGCAUUGAUAGAGAAAGAGCAAGUGAUGCUAUUGCAGAGCUGGAAGAGGCACGACGAAUAGAGCAAAAUGCACUGCAAAAGUAUGAACGAAUUGAUGGCAAUUAUGAUCGAGAUUUGGAGUAUCGGUACAAGCCCCAGCUUGCUUCAGAUAUGAUCAAUGCAAUUAGGGAAUAUGCCAAAAGUCAACUAGUACUAGAAAAGCAGAAACUAGCUACAUGGGAAAAUGUGUACUCUUGUAUGAAAUAA